CUAGGUAGUUAACCUAGCUAGCUAGCUAGCUAACGAAAGCUGCGUUUUUCACUUUAUGCGUUUGGCUCAUGACGUUGUCAUUUGUGUUAACUGAAACGCCUGAAGGAACGAACCUCCUGAACAUCAGAAAUCUUACAAAUUAUUAAGUUAGAAACUCUCCUUUCCCUUGCGCACACUGACUCGUAGUUUGCAUUAUUCCUCAAAUGAAGUGAAGGGAGCUUAACCGCUUACCAAAUAAUUGAUACAGACCCUCAAUCAUGGCGGAUAGCUUGGACGACUUACUAGACGAGGUUGAAACAAAAUUUUGCCGCAGUAUUUCCUCGUUUUCUAAUCUGCAAGCAAACCAAGGCGGUCAACAAAAAAACGAUAACCCUAUGCACAGGACUUCAAAUCAAAAACAAUCCGAAGGGAGCGAUAUUGAUGCGGUGCUUCAGGAAAUACUCGACGAUGACUGGCGGACUAUCAGUUCAGACAUACCCAUUGCAACAAAUGCCUGUGCUAAAGAUUCUUCUCCUCAAAGAACUUUUAAAAAAUGCUGCCCUGUGUUUGUGGGUGGUAGUUCAAUAACAAGUGGUAUUGGAACAAGCAUGUCAAAAAGGGUGUGUGACCAACUAAGAUGUACAUCUUGUGACUUCCGUGUAGCCAUGUUUGAUGAUCAUGAGUGGGAUUCAUCGUGUGACUAUCUGUUUUUCAGAAACAACAUGCCAGACUCUACCAAGUUGCAAGCCAAGUUAAAGAGGAGGCAAGGUGUGCGAGCAUAUGCCUGCCAGUGCAGCUGGCACUCAGCCUUCAGCCUCUCUGAACUGAGACAUAUACAGCAACUCAAGUGGGUCUGCGGCCAACACAAAGAUUGCUAAUCAUAUUUAUCUGGUUCCCAUGUUGCACCAAAGAGCUCAGUUUCACACUGUUCACAAGUGAAGAUAAGUAGAUAUGUUUCCUACUUGUAGACGCAGGCCAUUUUCCUUAAUUAUUCCUCUCAUUUUUAUUUUAGGAUGGAGAAAUAUUAAUAAGGUAGACUGUGUUUAAUAUAUGAUUAGCUUGUGUGGUAUUAUUUGCAUUUCAACUUUGUACAUCUUUCAAACAUUCUUUAAUUUUUAAAAUUCAAAUGCUGAAAUAUUAAAAGGUUUCAUCAAGGUUUCCCUACCCAGUCCUCUGCGAUCCAAAGGCCAUUCACAUGUCUGUAAUGUUUCUCCUUACAGUACAACUGAAACAGUUAAUUGUCAUCAUAAUUGCUUGGCUUAGGUGUAUUAAGUGCAGGGAUUUCACAGAUAAGGGUCCCUGGGGACUGGGUUUGGAAGUGUUGCUUUAAGCAACCUAUUUUCUUUUAAAAUGCAGUUUCUUUCAUGCCAGCCACAAAGUACAUGGUUUGUGUAAAAAUGUGUUAAUCAGUGAAGCUAAGACCACUUAAUAACAGAAUAACUAAUUGGUUCUGUGUUAAACUGGCCCCCUGGGAAAUCUAUACUCAGAUUUAAUCAGUAAAGGUUUUAUAUAUUGAGAGUGUUCA